AACAAAAUUAUCAAUAGUCAUGAUAACAACUAUGUAAAAUAAAAGUUUGCUUACACUUAUGAAUCCAGUGCAUAUGUCUUUUAUAUGAUUAGUUAUAACUUUACUAUGAUUAAGUAAUGCAUUUUUCAUUUUAACUAUUAAAAGUUAAUACUUGAGUUUUUUUUUAUUUAACCACUACUAGGUGAACACCUAGUAGUUCCUUUUAUUAUUUUAAUAAUCUAAAAGAAAAGUCUUUACAGAAUGGAGAAAAGGAAAAAACAAUAAAAUAAAACAAAGCCAAGAGACAGCUAAGUGAUGUCCAACCAAAUUAGGUGUAGAAACCCUAUUUUGGAAAGUGCCUCUUUUGCUGAUAUCUUUUGUUGAGAGAUACAAGUGUAGAUCUUGAGUUGUCCUCUCUCUUUUUCAUUGAAGCAUCAACUUUGUUAAGCUAUUUCUCCACUUCUUUCCGUUGAAUUGCUUAAUUGGAGUAUGCAUUCUUCAAUAAGUGAGCUGAUGUUGCUGUUCCGUCUUCGCGCCUUCACCUCCAUGUUGCUUGCUCCGGUGGAAUCGAUGAUUGGUUCUUGUGUUCCAUAUCCGGUAUUGGUCAGAUCAUCAUCAUUCCCUAUCUCUUCAUCGGUGGAUUUCCAGCUACUCCAGCAUCUUGCUCCUUAUACAUUCCAUUUGGCAUUUUCUCCUGGAUUCCAACUUCCCGGAUUUCCUAGCAUUCUUCGACUAGCUGCGUCAUGCCCGCAGGUGCACAGGAAGACAGACUUGAUCCAUAGCUGCUUAUUCAGAGAUUGCAUAGCAGAGCUCCAUUUCUUUCGGAGUCGUAGCUUUUGGGUAUUAUUACUCUCAAUUGCUCAAUAUUCGGCCACCCAUAAGAGAAUUUCCCCACUAUGGCAUGUUGAAGUUCUUCAAUCUCAUUCAUUUGAUUCACUUCGUUCUCUGUCCAUUUGACAUAAGGUUUCCUUUGUAAAUAAGUUAUUGGUUUCAUUGGUAUUUGUGAUUUUUGUUGUGAUUGCGUUUGUAUGGAUUCAUUCAAAAUCACUGGUUUGAACAGACUUGCA